GACCGUCUGCACACCUCGCUCCGUCUGCCAUGGCUGGUUAAAGACGCCUGGGGCUCGCCGCGCACGGGGAGGGCCGGGAGGGGACGGCGGCCGGGCGUGCGGCCGAGGGAGGGGCGGCGGCGCGAGCGGCGGUGGCGGCGGUUCCAGCAUGAAGAGGAAAGCUGGCCUGGGGGGCAGCAUGAGGUCAGUGGUGGGCUUCUUGUCCCAGCGGGGCUUGCAUGGGGACCCCCUGCUCACUCAGGACUUUCAGAGGAGACGCCUGCGGGGCUGCAGAAACCUCUACAAGAAGGACCUCCUCGGCCACUUCGGCUGUGUCAAUGCCAUUGAAUUCUCCAACAAUGGAGGCCAGUGGCUGGUCUCAGGAGGAGAUGACCGGCGGGUUCUCCUUUGGCACAUGGAACAAGCUAUCCAUUCCAGGGUCAAGCCUAUUCAGCUAAAAGGAGAGCACCACUCUAACAUUUUUUGCCUGGCUUUCAACAGUGGGAACACCAAAGUAUUCUCUGGAGGAAAUGAUGAGCAAGUUAUCCUCCAUGAUGUUGAAAGUAGUGAGACCCUGGAUGUAUUUGCUCAUGAAGAUGCAGUCUAUGGCUUGUCAGUGAGCCCAGUGAACGACAACAUUUUUGCCAGCUCUUCAGAUGAUGGCCGAGUUCUCAUUUGGGACAUCCGGGAGUCUCCGCAUGGAGAGCCCUUCUGCUUAGCAAACUAUCCAUCAGCCUUUCACAGUGUCAUGUUUAACCCCGUGGAGCCCAGGUUAUUGGCCACAGCCAAUUCAAAGGAAGGAGUGGGACUUUGGGACAUUCGAAAACCUCAGAGUUCUCUCCUGCGCUAUGGUGGCAACCUAUCCCUUCAAAGUGCCAUGAGUGUGCGAUUCAACAGCAAUGGAACCCAGCUCCUGGCCCUGCGGCGGCGCCUGCCUCCUGUCCUCUAUGACAUCCACUCCCGCCUACCGGUGUUCCAGUUUGACAAUCAGGGUUACUUCAACUCAUGCACUAUGAAAAGCUGCUGUUUUGCAGGGGAUCGUGACCAGUAUAUCCUUUCAGGCUCUGAUGACUUCAACCUGUACAUGUGGAGAAUUCCUGCAGAUCCAGAAGCAGGUGGCAUUGGCAGGGUGGUCAAUGGAGCCUUCAUGGUGCUGAAAGGGCAUCGAUCCAUUGUUAACCAAGUCCGGUUUAACCCCCACACCUACAUGAUCUGCUCUUCAGGUGUAGAAAAAAUUAUCAAGAUAUGGAGCCCAUACAAGCAACCAGGAUGUACAGGAGACCUUGAUGGUCGGAUUGAGGAUGACUCUCGCUGCCUUUACACCCAUGAAGAAUACAUCAGCCUUGUGCUGAACAGCGGGAGUGGCCUGUCCCAUGACUAUGCUAACCAGUCAGUCCAGGAAGACCCCCGGAUGAUGGCUUUCUUUGACUCUUUAGUGCGCCGAGAAAUUGAGGGCUGGAGCUCUGACUCGGACAGUGACCUCAGUGAGAGUACUAUCCUUCAGCUGCAUGCAGGGGUCAGUGAGCGCUCAGGCUAUACUGACUCUGAAUCCUCAGCUUCACUGCCCCGCUCCCCACCUCCCACAGUAGAUGAGUCUGCUGACAGCGCCUUCCACCUGGGGCCCCUGCGGGUCACCAGCACAAAUGCAGUAUCAUCAACCCCACCAACACCAACGUGUGAGGAUGCAGCCUCUCGCCAGCAGCGCCUGUCUGCUCUGAGGCGCUAUCAGGAUAAACGCCUCCUGGCUCUAUCCAACGAGUCUGAUUCUGAAGAGAAUGCCUGUGAGGUUGAACUAGACACAGAUCUCUUCCCUCGGCCACGGUCACCUAGUCCUGAAGAUGAAUCCAGCAGUUCCAGUAGUUCCAGCAGCUCAGAGGACGAAGAAGAACUGAAUGAACGCCGAGCUUCCACCCGGCAGCGAAAUGCCAUGCGUCGUCGACAAAAAGCACCCCGAGAGGAGAGGCCCAGCGCCCCAGCCAAGCCCACCAACACCUACAUUGGAGAAGACAACUAUGAUUACCCCCAGAUCAAAGUGGAUGACCUCUCUUCUUCACCCACCUCCUCCCCUGAGCGGAGCACUUCCACUCUGGAUAUUCAACCAAGCCGAGCACCACCAACUUCCAACAUAGAAUCUGUUGAGAGAAAAAUUUAUAAAGCUUACAAAUGGCUCCGCUACUCUUACAUAUCCUACUCAAAUAAAGAUGGAGAGACCUCCCUAGUGACAGGGGAGGCAGAUGAAGGGAGAGCAGGAACCAGCCACAAAGACAACCCAGUCCCUUCUUCUAGUAAGGAAGUCUGCCUAACAGCCACAACCCCAAGGAACCAGGACCUAGCCCCUGAAGGCUGCAGCAAAGAUGCUUUUAAAGAUGGAACUUCCUCUAGAAAUCCCAAUGGCCCAAGCCAUGAGCACAGCAGCCACCCAUGGGCAGAGGUGCCAGAGGGCACCUCUCAGGACACUAACAAUGGUGGCCCUCUAGAACACUCUUUUGAAACCAAGAAGCUCAAUGGAAAGGCCCUGAUCAAGACCCCGAGCAGCCGGGCUGAGGAGCCACCCUCUUCUCCUGCCCCCAAGGCAUCUGGCUCCACUCUCAACAGUGGGUCUGGCAACUGUCCCAGGACCCAGUCUGAUGACACUGAGGAGAGGAGCCUCGAAACCAUCUGUGCCAACCAUAACAAUGGACACUUACACCCCCGGCCUUCUCAUCCCCACAACAAUGGGCAGAACUUUGGGGAACUGGAGUCAGUAGCGUAUUCUUCCCCAGGACAUCCAGACACUGACCAUGAUAACUCGUCCCUGACAGGGACACUUCUAUACAAAGAUUGUUGUGGGUCUGAAAUAGCCUGUGAGACCCCCAGUGCUGGAAUGAGAGAGGACUCCACUGACUCCUCAGCCAUGGACAGCAGCAAGGUUGUUCAUGGCCACAGUGGCCUCAAAAGGCACCGAAUUGAAUUGGAAGACACAGAUUCAGAGAAUUCCUCCUCAGAGAAGAAAUUGAAAACAUGAUAAAUGCAAAGGGAAAACAAAAAGCUACAGGAAGUAGCCUUAUGAAAUAAUUUUUUCUUGUUUAGUGAACACAGAGGAAAGGAAAAAAAGUAUUAAAGGCACAUAAAACCAGGGCCUGAAAUGUUGUGUCUGCUGCUGCUCCCUUAUAUACACCACUCACCAGUGGGUUGGAAUGUCUAGCUGGCUACUGUCUUAUGCUGUGCUGAGAGGGGAAACAUCAAAUGGCUUUUCUUUAAUGAGGUGUGAGCACAGCAUACAUGUGCAGGUUCUUUGAUGGUAAACCCUUGUUGGGAUGUUUGACUUGUUCCUAUGUAUGUGUCCACUGACUCGUGGGCUUGUCUCAAGACCUUUCUUCUAGUUGUCCAUCAGCAAAGACCUGUGAGUCUCUUUGUAGCUUCUGCCAUCUCAUCUGUUCAAUGUUCACUUGACAUAGGUGUUCUGGUCUUAAUGAAGAGUGUCUGUUAGAUCAGAUUGUGCUGCCAGUGAGUUAAAGAUUUAUGCUAGCAGAAUGGAAAGGAGACUAGAAAGAGGCUUCGCUUCCUUCAGCUCAUUGGCUGUGCUGAAGAGAAAAGCAUGGUUCUUAAAGAAAAUAUUCCAUGUUUUCUCUAAUACUUCAUUGAGCGUUUAAUGUGGGACCUACUAGAAGUGGAACAUUUUUAUGCUAAUGAGAGGUAAGCACAUAAGAUCAGAUUUAAAACAUGUAGAUCCCUGAUAGUUUCACUGUUUACAAACUGAGCAGUAAUGCACUGGGUGCCAUGCAGUCUGACUAGUCAUGGAUAACACUCUUUAACCAGUUAGGUGCUAGUUCCCAAGAGGCACUCAAGACCAGUGAGUGCUUCCUUGACUCCAUAUGAUGGAGUCUAGGCAUACUGAAAGAGGAAAGGACCCUUCUGGAGAGCUUUAUAUUCAGACUAAUAAAGUGGCUGUUAGAGGCGUGCUAAUGAAUUAGAGUGAAGAGCAGAAUGUGGUACUGUAUUUUAGUCCAUCACAAGUCCAUUGGUCAGAAUUGGUGGGUCUGACUCCUUGGAGUUGUCAAGAGGUUGUGGAGUUCUAACUGAACUUUACAGAGUUAGUAGACAUCUCAAAAUGACAACAUCUUAUCAAAUCUGUUAGGAGGCAGAGGGUGUGGAGAGACAAGUCUCUGGUUUGUCUCCUAGUCUGUUGAGGUAGGUAACAGUUGAGAGAAGAAAAUACCAAAUUUUCAGUGUUAGUGGUGGUAUAGUCCCUCAGUUAUCAGUGAAGGGUUGUGCAAGACAGGAAGACCUAGGGAUAACCGGUCUUGUUGGUAUAGAUGUUAUUAACAGCAGAAUGCCUCCAAGACACGAGGAAAAGAGAGAACACUGUAACUUUGUUGAGUGCAAAGGUGGGAGACAGCUGGGAGCCCACUGGGAUUGUCACGGGGAGGUAAGAGCAAGGCUACUUUGGCCUUACUGACCCAGUUUAGAUGAUGAGCUGUCCUACUGAAUGGAGCCAGAGGAGACCACCUGUGGAGGGUGAAGAAUGGAGGAAGUAGUACUGGGUGCCAGUGUGCUUUAGAAGAGGAAAGUAGCUGCAAGGAGAUAGCUUCUUGCUGAACUUUGAAGAAAGGAAGAUGUGCCAGGUAUCUGUGAUGUUCUGGGGUGUGAAAGCACAGUUUGAGGAGGAGAAGAAGCAACUGGAGUAGAGUGGGGAUGUAUACAGUUCAAAAACUGGACUCUUCCUGGGGGAGUGGGACAGUGGUUCUGUAACCAACAUUAGAAUUGCUUUGGAUUUGUAAUCAAAAUGGUUCUAUGAUUUAUCUUUGACUUUUCACAGAUAAUUGUAAAUUCUGGUUUUAUAAGCCCAAGUCAUUUUACAUUUGCUUUUCCAAAAUAAUUAAAUUGGAAUUUUUAUCCUUUAUAUACAAAAAAGUUAAAACUACUCAGUUGUGUGUCUCUCUUCCCCUUCUUAGUUAGCAUACCUGGUUCUUACAUUCUGUUAAUCUAAUCAGAUAGCGUCUCUAAGGACAAUCCAUAUAGCUUCCUGGAAGAAAAAAGAGAAAGAAAAAUUCCACUGGAAAUUAGUUAUUGGUAGUUUUCAAGUGCAGAAUUUGGUCUUUCAUACUAAAAGCCUUUAUCUCAUUUGGGUACUCAGAAGAGACAUUCAUAAAGGUAGAGUUCAUCUAGUUCAUAUUGUAGAAGCCAAGAAGGCCAGUUUUUGAAAGCUGCCUUCUAGUCUUGGGAGAGACUUCCAGCAUCAUAGGUUCAGCUUCCCAGGAGAAAGACUAUGAAGUAACCACCAGAGCAGGUAAGAAAGGGAUUUUUUUUUUUUUUUUAAGUCUCUCCACACCCUUGUUUCCAAAGAUCUUUUGUGUGUGGUGGUCCUGGAACCCUGGCAGGAACUACUUAAGGAUUCCUUCUCCUAAACCAUUGUACAAUUGAGACCUCCAAGGUUGGAGACUAUUUAAUUCCCAGAUUCUUCCAUGGUAGGUAUUUUUUCUAGCAGGGCAGAUGGCACUGAUCAGGCUAAGAACUAUUUGGAAGUGCCUCUAAGGUUUGUUCUGCAUCCUGUACAUAAAGUCUUAAGCAACAAGUCCAGAUAUGUGAAACUAUUUCUCUUCACUUUAUUUCCCACCUGGUUUUGUAAAUGAUUCUCAGCCUAUACAUGAAUUCAAUGAGUUGUUGGCUUGGGCAAAUGAAGUUCAAAACUGUGCUGAUUUAAUAAGUCUCGUGUUGUCUGUCAAGGUGCCUUCCUCUGCUGAAGCCUUACCUCCUCACAGCCCUGCCUCUUCUCACCCAGCAAUGCUGACUCUUCUCUUGUGUAUAUGCAAAUAAACCUAUUAUUCACUUC